UCUAAAUAUCAAAAAGGGUAGAACAUACUGUUUGAUCAUACUGUUUGAAAUGUACUUUUCUUUAUAUAUUUCUAUAAUUGUCAGAUUUCUGCUGAAUAAUUCCAAAGAGAUAUUUAAUAAAAUAAACCUGCAAAUUGACCAUGAAAUAAAUGUUUUUAAACUUAAUUUAGUUUUUAAUCUGCUUUUUCUCCUCCUAACCGGUCGGUGUCGCUGAAGCACCAAGAUGAUACUUUAGUAACGUUAUAGUUCAGCGAAGCGGUUUCUACGGAGGCUCUGGAGCUUAGUUUUGCCUACACUGGUAAAAUAAAAAUAAAAUACAAUACACUGUUAAUUUAAAAUUAGUUUAGCUGCAUCAAAGGCCGAAGAAGUAUCAAUAUGGAGAACGGCGAUUGUAGUAGCCAGCAAGCCGUAGAGGCCAUUACUGUUUAUGACUUUUCGGAGAAGAUCUUGGAGCAAGUUGUGCAUUUCCAUGUUAUGAAAUUAAACGGUGGAUUUUUCCUUUGGAUCGGCACGAGCGCUGUACUUUCCAACCUGGCAGUUUCAAUGUGCAGUAAAUUUGACUCCAUGCCGUUGUCGACGUCGGUACUAGGAGAUUCAUCAGAAACGACCCCAAAUUCUUUAGCUCAAAGACUCACAAAGAAGACGAAGAAGCAAGUAUUUGUGAGUUAUAAUUUGCCCAUGACGGACUCGAACCUAACGCUGUUGGUGGAGAAUAGAAUCAAAAAGGAGAUGGAACUCCACCCUGACAGAUUUUAAAUGCUUUGAACUGUAAAACCCUUGUUUUGUACGUAAGUACACAAAUAAGAUAUAAAAAUGUCCAUAUUG